AUGUUGCAACUUCUUGAUAAACAAGUUACAACAAAAAAGCAUUAUACAACUCUCAAAGAGAGAGUUCAAAUUGUUCAUUUAUUACAAAAAAGAUAUACUACAAGAGAAAUAUCAAAAAUGCAACAUAUUAAUCCAUCUACAGUUUCUCGUAUUAAGAAAAGAUGGCUUGAAAACCAUUCUGUUGAAAACUUGCCAAAGUGUUUAUCUAUACCUGCCACCUAA